AUGAGCGGUACGCUGGAAGGGCCUCAGCAUCGACAACUGUGGGAGCAGGCCGCGCAGCCGCAACAAGGGCGUGCGCAACUACAGACACGGCCGCCAGCGACUGCAUAUCGCGAAGUCACGCCAUUUCCGCAACAGCCAACGAACCGCGUCCCUAACAGACCACCCGAACUACCAUACGACCCGUACAAGACGCUACCGCCGCGAUGGUCCCGCAACGAUCGACUCGACGCUAAUACGAUCACGCAGUUCUCUAAGCUAUGGGACAAUAGCAACAAGUAUACAGGGAAUGCGUACGAUCUACUAGACGAUAAGAUCAAGAUCUUCUUCAGCAUCUGCUGGCAGGUAGAUAUCCAAGAAGAGCAGUUUCACGCAGUGUUUCCCCGUAUCCUUACCGGACGUGCAGAGACAUUCUACAUACAGGUUGUAGAGAGAGAUGACAGCUUUGCUGAUGCGUACAUGGCAAUCAAAAACCACUUCGACCAUGACGUCCAUCACCAGCACUACUACACAGACUGGACGACUACAACCUUCGCUCGCACCCGCACAGAGAACCCCGACAAGGGACUACACGAGGUUCUGCAGAUCCUGCUUGACAAGCUGCAGCUAUGCCAGCGUGCCCUUGGCAAGAACUUUGAGGGCGAGGAUGCCCUACGUACCACUGUCAUCAAUGCCUGCCGAGGAGUACCAGAGCUUGAGAUGGCACUGUUCAAACCAGCCACAAUCUGUGAAGGACUCUUCUCAGACCUACGUUCUGCAGUUGAGACACACCUUGCACGGCAACACACUGCCCAGAUGGUCACAGAGGACCAAUAUUACUUAGAUCGCCGAUACAACGGCAAUAGAAGAAUCCGAGGUGGAUCUCGAGGUGGAGGAGGAUUCAGAGGCGGAUCCAGAGGAGCAUAUCGAGGAGGCGAGCAGCGCGACGACAACGGACGAGGAUUCAAGCCACGCUGGAGGAAGAAAUGCUUUGUUUGCCAGAAGGAAGGAUGCUGGUCUACCAACCACACAGACGAAGAGCGCAAGGCUGCCCGUACACAGUUCUUCUCUACGCUAUACUGUACAGGUACACAGCCCCCCAAGGACUUCUCCGUACAUCUUGCAGAAUACGAAGGGAUCGAGCACACUAGCCAGUACAAUCAGAGAGGCUGGAGAGAGGAGGAAGACUGCGAGGAUGACGACGAUGACGACGUCGCGGAAGCAUACCUUGAACAGCAGUUUUUCACGGAGCAAUGCCUUGCAGAUCAGGCGUUCUUGCACCACAUCUCUGGCGACGACGUAUACCGCCAAGACGCGCCAUCAGCGCCAGCGUCACAGUUCCUGCUUGAAGACCGCUACACAAGAUCUGUGUACCAAGGGAUCCUACCGGAUACAGGCGCUGCCAACGUAUCCACAGUUGGCAAGGAGCAGUACCUUGCACUCACAAGGGAAGAUCCUACAGUUAGGAUGGAUACGUCUACAGCAGGAAAGGCAUCUAUCAAAUUCGGCAAGGGCGAGGCUACAUCAUCUAUUGGCACUGCACAGGUCUCUACAGACAUUGGGACGAUCAACUUUGAGGUGCUUGACGCACCUACACCAUUCUUAUUGUGCCUUGCAGACAUGGACAGGUUAAAGGUCUACUUUAACAACACCACAGAUGAGCUAGUCCAGGGUGACGUACACAUCCCUGUAAUUCGCAAAUGGGGACAUCCUUGGUUCCAUCUGAACAAAAGAGAGAGAGCAACUGUGUUCCUGACAGAGACAGAGUUGCGACGGCUCCAUCGACGAUUUGGACACCCAGCUGUCACGCGACUUGUUAAGCUCUUAAAGGAUGCUGGCCAUAACGACUUCGAAGAAAGAACCCUAGAAGAAGUCACUAAGUUCUGCCACCACUGCCAGCUCCACAGCUCCGCACCGCGCCGAUUCAAAUUCACUCUCAAGGAUGAUCACCACUUCAACUAUGAGAUCCUGGUGGAUGUGAUGUACCUGAGCAACAAACCUGUACUGCAUGUGGUCGAUUCCUCAACAGCGUUUCAAGGCGCGAGGUUCCUUAGCGCUAUCUCAGCUAAAGAAACAUGGCAAGCACUGCGGAUACUAUGGAUCGACACGUAUCAAGGACCACCAGACAUUAUCACGCAUGACGCAGGCACUAACUUUGCAAGCACAGAGUUCCGCGCAGAAGCAAAGAUCAUGGGAGUCACAUGCAAGCAAGUACCUACGGAGGCGCACUGGUCUAUCGGCAAAACUGAGAGGUACCAUGCACCUCUACGCCGCGCAUGGGACAUACUCUAUGCAGAACUCACUGACACUAUGUCCGACGACGCGAUUCUCCAGAUGGCUGUGAAGGCUGUCAACGAUACUGCUGGCCCCGAUGGACUAGUCCCGACGCUACUGGUCUUUGGAGCGUACCCACGAAUGACUGCAGAGUCACCGCCAUCCCCGUCAAUGGUCAAGCGCAGCGAGGCUAUUCAAAAGGCGACGAAAGCCCUACGCAAGAUCACGGCAGAGCACCAAGUUGCAGACGCCUUGAACACCCGCAAUGGACCAGCCACUGCAGACAUGCUCGCGCUCCCACUCCAGAGCGAAGUCUUAGUAUGGAGAGAGAGUGAUGGCUGGAAUGGCCCGUACAAGAUCGCCAGUACAGAUGGCCACAACGUCACUGUUGACAUGGUCAAUGGUCCAACGACAUUCAGAUCCACUGUCGUCAAGCCAUACUACAGACCGGACCACCUUUGGAGCGACCCCGAUGCGCCACACGCGCCGAAUGAGCCGCAUGAGCCGGUAGCAGUACCACCGGCAGUGCAACCACGCAGGAGAGGCCGCCCUCCAGGGUCAAAGAACAAGCGGAAGGCGCACGCGUACAUCACCAAGAAGGAGCAGGACGAUCUUGAGCUAGCUAUCAAGCUACGAAACGAUGGAGUGAUCACAACCUCAGGCGCCCCCUUUGAAGCGUCUGAUGACCAAGAGAUCAGCGACCUCCGAUGUAGCCAGCGCCUGAUUAUGUCGCUGGCGCCCGAGAUGGUACAACGCGGAAUGAACAUCGAGCUCCGUGACAUUACGCAGGCGUAUCCCCAGGCGCAGACAACCCUGAAGAGGACGAUACUCGCACAUCUUCCUACUGAGCUAGUCCAUCGAUAUCCAGAAGGCACGCUACUCCAUGUGAUCAAGCCGCUGUAUGGAAUCGCUGAGGCAGGAGUCCACUGGUGGACAACGUAUCACGGACACCAUUGCAAGGAACUGGACAUGGCAACAUCGACGUACGACCCAUGCCUAUUGAUCACGAACAGAGACGACGCAGGCAUCUUCGGCAUCGUUGGCAUGCAGACAGACGACACUCUCAUGCUCGGGACACCAGCGUUCUCGUCACGUGAAGAGAAGAAGAUCCAGAAGGCAGAGUUCAGGUCAAAGCCAAAAGCAAGACUGACACCAGAAGUGCAGUUAGACUUCAAUGGAUGUACACUCACGAUGGACGCCAGCAGAGUCUUGACCCUUAGGCAGAAAGGACAAGGAGGAAGGAUCAGGCUUGUGGAUAUCAGGGCACCCGACCGCGCGCAACAGUACACCGAGCAGCGCGCCCGCGGAGCGUACAUCGCAUCAACAUGCCAACCAGAGGCGUCAUUUGACCUGUCCGUCGCUGCUCAAGCUCAGCAACCAUCAGACGAGGACAUCAAGGCACUCAACAAACGCCUGAAAUGGCAGAUGGAGAAUCUCGAUCGUGGCCUGCGCUACGUCACUGUCAAUCUUAUGGAGGCCAAGUUGAUGGUCUUUGUGGAUGGCUCCUUUGCCAACAACAAGGACCUCAGCUCACAGCUAGGCUUUGUCCUUAUGCUCGUCAACGAGUCUAUUGACGUCAACACCUUCACAAUACAGGGCAACGUGAUCCACUACAGCUCUACAAAAUUCAAGCGCAUCACACGGAGCGUACUGGCCUCAGAGAUCUACGGCAUGGUCAACGGCUUUGACAUAGGCAUUGCAGUUGCAACCACGCUGAGGAUAGUUACAGAACGACUUAGACUACCUGCAAUUCCCUUGGUUAUCUGUACAGACUCGUACUCCUUGUACGAGUGCCUAGUAAAGCUUGGGACGACGAAGGAAAAGCGUCUCAUGAUCGACAUCAUGGCGCUGCGCCAAUCAUAUGAGCGUCGCGAGAUCACGGAGAUCCGCUGGAUCAAUGGUGAAGACAAUCCUGCAGACGCCUUCACCAAGGCAUCGCCAAACCGCGCUCUUGAACGCUUUAUUGACGGCAAUAAGCUGACAGUCCGAGUAGAGGGAUGGGUGCAGAGGCCGACAAGCUUUGAUGGUUGAUGCUACACACAGUUACCAUCAACACAUACUGUCACUACCGAUACAAGCAGAGUUACUAGCUACCCAGAAAGAAAAGACUUCCAGUGUCGGAUCGUGAGUAUCGGUAGAGACGUCGGCUGCUGGACACUUCGGCCCGACUUCGGCCCACCUUGCGCAGAGCUUAGGUAUACCUUCGUAGCAGCUGUGUUCGUAAUAAAAUCAAUCACCAUCACCGAACAGAAUGCAUUC